AUGUGCACCCUCACUGCCUGGUGCAGACCUUCAGGAAGGAGGUGCAGGCCAGGUGUCAUCCUCUGUUUGGACCGAGUGAAGGAGAACAUACAGAAGGACUCCGGCCCUCUAGUGCCUUUACAUUGGAUUGGCUUUGGCUACGCAGCACUGGUUGCUUCUGGUGAGAUCAUUGGCUAUGUAAAAACAGGCAGUGUCCCGUCCCUGGCUACCGGACGCCUCUUCGGUGGAUUAGCAGGCCUGGGUGCCUAUCAGCUGUCUCAGGACCCAAGGAACAUUUGGGUUUUCUUAGUUACAUCUGGAAGUCUGGCUGGCAUUAUGGGAAUGAGAUUCUACCACUCUGGAAAAUUUAUGCCUGCAGGCUUAAUUGCCAGUGCCAGUUUGCUGAUGGUUGCCAAACUUGGAAUUAGUGCGUUGGGUAAACCCCAUCAGUAG